CCAUGGCCGUCUUGGAAAACACCCUCAAAAUGGGGAAAUGGAGGUUCCUGCUGUUAGUUAUUUUCCUAGUGCCACGUAAUCAUUCCAAUAUUUAUGCUAUAAAAAGAACGGGAUUACUAUUAGAUCAACUUGACAAACUUUUUGUGGAAAUCACUCAAGAACAUGUUUCUAUGUACGCAAGUAACCAGGAUUGUUUCAGGAGCUUAGAUGUGCUUGAAGAAAAAUACCGUUCCAGCAUGUACGGCAUUGGAGUAAUACAAAAUAUCCUAGGAAAGUAUAAUUAUUUAACGCAAUUGUAUAAUUCUGGUUGUAAAAGGCAGAUAAAUGGAGAUUUGCUAGAGAAAGACUCAGAAUGCGGACCAUUUGGAUGCCACCAACUUGAAAUUCGUUCGCUGCCAGAUCAAUUCGCUUUAAAUAGUUCCAACAAAUAUCUGAGAUCCAAUACCAAUCACAAUGUUGUUAUAAAUAAUAGUAAUAUAACAAUCUGGUUGGUAAUGCCACCUCAAAAAAAGGAAAACAAGAAAAACAAAAAGAAAAAAAAGACAGUGCCACCGUGUAAAUGUCCAGAAUGUUGCAAACCUCCUUCGGAAAAGGAUCAUCAAUGGUUUCCCCUUCCCUUUUAUCCUUGGGGCUUUUGGGCCAAAAUAAAAAAAGUAGAAGUAGAAGCUCCUUCAAAUUCAAGCAUCCAGGUUACAGAAGGUAACUCUACUGACCGGUAAAAAAUCCAAGGAAAUCGGGAUUGGACUGGCAGCAUGUUCCAUGUUGUAAAUUACAAUUACUGAUAUGGCAAGAGCACAGGUUUGUUUGCAAUGAAUAAAAGAACAGACAAAAGCAAAGAUUUCAUACGAGAAGUAAAAAUA